GCCCAAUUUACGGAUCUUCUAAAAUCACAAAACGCUUUUCUAAACUGAAUCACGUUAUUAGCUUUUCACCACAAUUAUUAUUAUUAUUCCAACUUUAAUUCGAACAAGCACGACACAGAGACUUUCUGAGAGGCGUGGGGAUGGCGAUUUUGUACGCGCUGGUGGCGCGUGGCUCUGUGGUGCUGGCGGAAUUCAGCUCUACAUCUACCACCGCGAAUGCGAUCGCGCGGCAAAUUAUCGAGAAAAUCCCUGGUAACGACGAUACAAACGCUUCAUAUUCGCAGGAUCGGUACAUUUUUCACGUCAAACGCACCGAUGGACUCACUGUUCUCUGUAUGGCCGACGACACCGCCGGAAGGAGAAUUCCGUUUGCAUUUCUUGAAGAAAUACACCAAAGAUUUGUCAGGACUUAUGGCAGAGCUGUAUUGUCUGCACAACCAUAUGCAAUGAAUGAUGAAUUUUCAAGAGUCCUCGGCCAGCAAAUAGAGUACUUUUCAAAUGAUCCAAAUGCUGACAGGAUAAACCGACUAAAGGGUGAAAUGAGCCAGGUACGAAAUGUCAUGAUCGAGAAUAUUGAUAAAGUUUUAGAGAGAGGUGAUCGGCUAGAAUUAUUGGUUGAUAAAACUGCCAAUAUGCAAGGAAAUACUUUUCGCUUCAGGAAGCAAACCCGACGUUUUAGAAGCACUGUCUGGUGGAGAAAUGUCAAGCUAACGAUUGCAUUGAUAUUCCUACUCCUGGUAAUAAUAUAUGUUGUUGUGGCUUUUGUUUGUCAUGGACCUGCACUUCCAUCUUGUCUGAAGUGAGGAUUUGAUCAAGAUAGAUCGUUGCCAUUUCCCCUGCUUCUUAUUUUUUUCACUGUUGAGUGACUUGCAAUUCUUCUAUUAUUCCACAUCUUACCGGGAUGUGUGGAUAACUUCCAUAUUUAUUGUGUGUGGUGGUUUCUCUGGCCCCAGCUCCAUUUUACAGGACGUAUAAUGAUUGGUACAUAUUGUGAUCAUCGUUUCUGGAUAUUUAUAUGUGUAUUUUAUAAUUUGUGUUUUUUCUCUGAAAUAAGGCAAUGCCUUUCAGAGAGUAACAAGGUUGAGUUAUUGUUUUUAUGACUCGGUUGAUUUGUUGAAAUUAAGUUUUACAGUCGUUGUUGCUUUCGUGGAACAUAAGUGUAUAAUUAUUUGGUGAUGCUAUUGAAGCAUCUAAUUCCCUU